AUGAUCCUACAACAGGUGCUGAAGAAGGUAGCAAUAGGAAUAGCUAUAUUAGCUUGUCUACAGAGAGCUAAAGCAGAACUAGACAGAGAUAUACGAAGGGCAAAGAUUUAUUGGAAAAACAGAAUGGAUCAUAUAAAUAGAGAGUUUCAAGUCCGUUGUAAUUUUUAUGUUAGCGCAAAUUCUUUCAUAUAUGAUCAAGAAAUAUCAUCUAAAACUCUUAAAGAUAAUCUAGAGGACGGAAAGAACAAAAUAUUCAAUGUAAAAAGGAAAGUAGCAAUUCUUGAUGAAUGCGUAGAGACGAUAUUAAGCAUAGCGCCAAAAUGUUUAAAAAAUACUAGCGAUUCAAAUAUAGAACUAAAUGAGCUAUAUUGCAGCUUAAGAAAGUCACUCUUAGAAGCCUUUGAUAAAAAUGACUCAGUAAGUGAUGCAAUGAAAGAGCUUGAUUCACAUAUGCUGGAAGUAGUAAAGGAAUACAGCUAUAUAAAGAACAAAAACAAUCGCAUACAAGAAUCAACUCUGUUCAAGCUAGCAGAAAAGAACAAGGCAUUUGCUUUGAAUAUGCUGUUCAGUCUUUCUAGAAUAGAACUGUUUAAACCUGCUAAUCUUAUAGAAGAAGAGAUAAAACAUGCAUUUGAAAACAAAAAAGAUUAUCUAAUCACUACGGAUUUCUCAAGCUACAAGAAAGCUAUAAUAAAUGAUAUAGAAAAAGGCCAAGUAAAUCUAUUUGGAUUAGCUAACAAACACUUCUAUAUUCUAUUUAGGCAAUACGGAAUUGAUGCAAAUGUGAUGAAUAUCUAUCUCAACCUACUAAAAGAGGAUAUGUCAAAAGAAGAGAUAGACCAAUACAUAGACAUCACUCCUGGCCAGGUUAUAAAAAUGAUAAUACUAGAGUGUACAUUGAAUACAUAUCUUAUAGACCACAGGAGAAACAUUUUGUUUUCUAACCUUGGGAAAGUAAUAGUGAAUACAGGAAGGCCAAGAAUCAACAGCACAGGCGGCUAUGAAGCCGUGGAAAGAGCAAAAGAAAGACAAGAUAAAAUACUUGAUGCACUACAUCUUCUGUGGAAUAGUGAUGACUUAUUUAUAAUAGGAGAGGGGUGUGAAAACUUUAGAAGAUUCUGCAUAGAUAAUGGCAUGACAGCUACUAAAAUUAGUAACAUACAGAAUAUUUUUACAUUUUCUAGAUGGAUAUAUACACUGGAUAUACUUACUUCAACACCUGAUAAUAUAACUAAUGCACACAGAGUAUUCAAAAAAACGCACUUUGACUUGUCUUACACCCAUCCCAUGUGCUAUAUCUAUCUGCGAUCUAAAGAUGCUAUCAAACAAUUCAGUAACAUUAAUCAUCUUGUCAGCAUAGGCAUGAAUCUAAACGACAAGCCUUUCAUGGAAAUGCAUCCAGCAGGUCUUAUCAAACUUAGGCCGUACAAAAUAAGUACAGCAGAUAAUGAAUCACUACAUACUGAAAAUAUAAAGGAUUGCAUUAGGGCAUGGUACUUCAAAAGAGUUGAAAUUAUCUACAUACUCUAUAGCGAUGAAUAUCUUGAUAUAGCCAAUGAUUUUAAAAAUCAUUUCAGUAAAUCAGGCUAUGUGGAUGAAAAGAGAACAAUGCCUACAUUGGCAAGCGAAUUUGGAAUGGAUGCAAGUAGUUCUUUACAGGAUGCUCAAAUGGAAUCUGAAGAAGUGCAUGAGCCCAGAGGCAAUGAAAGCAAUCCAUUGCAGGUUGAUCAAAUGGAAAUUGAAUAUGAUGAUGGCUUUGAGCUAGUUUAA